UUUUUAUUCGUUUCUUUUUUAAUUAAAGUCCAAAAAACGUCGCGCAAAUCGUUUUUAUUUGUUAUUAUUGUUUGUGCUUGUGCGCAUUGUUGGCCUUUGUGUUUGCCAUGGAAAUACUCUGAAUGUAGCACACAGAUGCAGACGCACACACACACACGCGCAUGGAUACAUAGAUACAGCAUGUUCUGAGCUGAGUUUGUGGCUAACAAAAUGGUCAAGUCGCUUGUCUCCAAGCUGCAAGCAUCCUCAAAUCUCUCGCUGGCCCAAACCUUCGGCAUUGGCGGCUCCAGUGGUCCGGAGGAGACGAAUUACGCAAAACAUCGCAAUGAUCCCGGGCGCUUCUUUGGGGAUGGCGUCCAGUUCAAGGCCAAGCUGAUUGGCAUUCUGGAGGUGGGCGAGGCGCGCGGCGAUCGCAUGUGCCAGGAGGCGCUGCAGGAUCUGAAGAUGGCGAUACGCGCCGCCGGCGAGCACAAGCAGCGCAUCAUCAUCCAUGUGACCAUCGAAGGGUUGCGGCUGCGGGACGAGAAGACCAGCGACUCGCUCUACCAUCAUCCCGUGCACAAGAUCUCGUUCAUAGCGCAGGAUAUGACGGAUUCGCGUGCGUUUGGCUACAUAUUUGGGUCACCGGACAGCGGUCAUCGGUUCUUUGGCAUCAAGACGGACAAGGCGGCCAGCCAGGUGGUGCUGGCCAUGCGCGAUCUCUUCCAGGUCGUCUUCGAGCUGAAGAAGAAAGAGAUCGAAAUGGCGCGCCAGCAGAUCCAAGGCAAAACCCUGCACGAUCAUGCCAGCCAGCUGGCCAACCUGUCCUCCCUGAAGGCUGGCCACGGCGAGCUCGCCUCCGGCAGCAGCAGCUCCGCGGCGGCAGCGCAUGCUUCUAGUCUCAGCAUGCUGGGCGCCGGCUCCUCGAAUGGUGUCGGCCUCACGCGACUCGGUGUUAAUCUCGAUGUGAACAAGGCAGCUGGCGGUGCGGCGAAGGAGAUCUCGCCGGAAUCCGUCGCGGACCUGGUCGAUCUGGAGCAGGAGCUGACCUCGCUGCAGCGCGGCAUCAGCCAAAUGGAGCGCAUUACGCCCAACGAGCCAGGCACAUCACAGUCGGGCGCAGGGCUGACCAAGUCGGCCAGCGAGGAUGAUCCCUUCGGCGACUCCUUCAUCUAUGUGCCCUCGUACAACAUCUUGCCGCCGCCACCCGACUCUGGCCGUACGCGCCACAAGCAGCCUAGCAAGACGCCCGAUAGCACAGCUCUGGACACGCUGCUCUCGCCGGUGCCUGGCGCCAGCAGCUCACCGGCCACUCUGCAACAGGAUGACGAUGAUGGCUGGCUGCACGAGCUGCACCAACAGAACGAUGUCUUUGACACCACCAAGGUGACGGUCACGCCUACGCCCAUGUCAGCGGCAGCUGUGCUGGCCGGACUGCCGAUGGCGCCGCUGGCGACCAGAGAAUCCUCGGCAACGCCCACGCAACAAAUCAGCGAAAUCUGCGCAGCGCCCGCUACGGCAACAACAACAACAGCAGCAGCAGCAGCAGCGGCCGGCAUCGAAGUGGGGUUAAGUGGGGCUCUGACCAGCCUGACAACGGGAGCAGCUGCAGCAGCCCAACCAGAGGGAGCAGAGGGGACGACGACGACAACAGCAACAGCAGGGGCGGCAGCGGCGGUCAUGUCGGAUGCGUUCACAGAUCUGGAUCCGCUGGGCAUUGGGCGCACCAGGCCCUAUGUCGAUAAGAAAUAUUUCUUCCAAGAGCUCAAGAAUCCGCCCAAGAAGCUGCUCAAGGAGCUCGGCUCCAGUCAGGGCGAUAACUUUGAUGAUUUUCUGGCAGGCCGCGAUGCCACCCUCUUUGAGGAGACCAACGACAACGGCGCAACAACAACAAUAGCAACAAUAGCAGCAGAAGCAACAAUUACUAACACAGCAGCCGUUGCAUCAGGUACUGACCACGCCCACCAAUUAGCCCCGUUUACUAACACGGCUAACAUUUGCACUUGCACGAAUCGCGCAGGAAACGCCGCCAGUUGCAGCAACAGCAGCAGCAGCAGCUCCACAACUAUCCCACUAAUAACCACCGCGAGCCUUGGGCCACAGCACCUGCUACUAACAAACAGCUCCCGCUCCCGAUCCCAGCCCAGUCCCACGCCCCCCGCCCACAGCAGCAGCAGCAGCAGUCAGCACCAGCACCAAACCCAGACCCAAACCCAUACCCAGACCCACUCCCAGACCCACUCCCAGACCCAAACGCCAGUCUUAUACCUUGGCCAAGUCGAAGACUUUUCGGCUGCCAAACUAAAAUUAAUGCUACGUCAGAGCGCAGCCCUGUCCAAGCCAAUUAAUCCAGCCAUGAACUAUUAUACCACAGAGCCCAGCACGAGCACGAGCAACACAAUCGAGGAGGAUGCCAAUCCCGUGCUGCUGCCACGCGACACGGAUCCGUUUUCACCCACGCGCAAGAAGAGCGAUCCGGAUCCCUUCCAGGACGGCGAUCUCUUUGCCAAGCUCGAUGCCUUCGAGUUCGAUGUGCCACAGGCCACGGUCACAACUCCAGCUGCCAAUGUCUUCAAUGGUCCGCUCCAGGUGCAGCUGCCCCCAGAGCAACAGCAGCAACAGCAGCAGCAGCAGCAGCAACAGCAGCAGCAGUCGGACGGCUGGCAGGCGGACAUCUCGCGCCUGGAGUCGGCGCCCGUCAGCAGCGUGCGUCAUCGUCCCACGCCCGUGGCCAGCGUGGUCAAUGUGGGCGGUCCACUGGACGUCAUCUCGAGCAUUAGCAACAAGAAGAUGCCGCAUUUGUUUGGCCAGGCGCGCUUCUCCAAGCGCGGUGACUCCUCCGCCGGCGUCGGCUCCAGCGUCAAUAUGCGCCGCCUGCAGGAGAGCGACUCGCUCAGCGAGAACGAGGCGGCGCCGGAGCCGCCGCCGCGGCCCGACUCCUCGCCCUAUGCCGAGCCGCCGCCGCUGCCGCCCAAGAAGCAGUUCAGCGAUCUGGUCAUCAGGCCCACGCCCGCAGCGCCACCUGUUGGCCGUUACGAGUACUUGAACCAUGCCAGCAAUCAGCUGCGCCGCAGCGCCGACGCCCCACCCAUCCCGUUGCCCUCACGGCGCGUUGGCCGCUCCGACGGCUGCUUCCCGGGUCCGGGACGACCGCGCAAGCCCGGCCACACGGAUGACGACUAUCUGGCGCCCUUGGGCGGCACGCCGCCGCCGCUAUUGCCGCCGCCCACGCAGAGCGGCAGCAGUCGAGCACGUCCGCAGCGGCAAUCGUCGCUGGGUCGGCCGCAGGACAUUUACGAGAACAAGGCCGAGAUUCUGCAGGCCCAGGCUGCCCAGGCCCAGUCGCAGUCGCAGAAGGAGUCGGCCGCACUGGCGCCGGACAUCACGCUGACGCAGCUGCUCACGCUGGGCAUGGACGAGCUGGCGCUGAAGCUGAACGUGCCCGCCAGCAAGCUGAGCACCAUGACCCUCGUCCAGCUGACGGCCUAUCUGUCCGAGUAUCUGCAGCUGAGCGGCGACCAAACGCAGCCCAAAUCCCGGGCGAGUCCCGCUCCAGCUGCCGCCUCCUCGUCCGCUUCGGCGGUGUUUAAGGUGAACUUUGAUCAGCAGACCUCGUUCGUGGCCAAGUUCGAUGAUACCUUCGGCGAGGAUGUGGGCCAGGAUGCGUUUGUGGCCAACUUUGCCAACUUCAAUGAGGCGCCCGCACUCUCCGCGCCCGCUGUGCCGCCUGCGGAUCGUUACGCAGUCUUCCGGGAGAUCAUUGAUCAGGAGCUGCAGCAGCAGCAGCAGGAGACGGAUCUCAUGGGUGAUCUGACGCCACCGCCCGUCGACGAAGCGCAACAGGAGCAGCAGCAGCAGCAACAGCAACAGCAGCCGCUCGCACAGCUGGACAUUGAUGUGGCCGAGCUGGAGAUGGAGCCGGCACCGCCCAAGAUAGACACCAAGAUCACCGAGGUGGUCGCCCAGGCCAAGGAUCGCUAUGCGGCGCUGCGCGACAUUAUUCUGGUGGAGAAUCUCUUUGACAAGCCGCCGCCGCCGAGCGCGGCUGCUGCGGUUGCCGAGAAGGAUCUGCUGCAGGAUCUGUUCAGUGAUGAGUUCAACGAGGAUCAGGACAUACGCCAGAUCAUGGACAGCAGCCACGACAGACGCGGCCUCGUCGACAGCCGCGGCCUGCCAGCCGAGCCCUCAUCCUCGGCCCUGACCGUUGCCGAUGACGACGACGACGAAGAUGACGAGGAUGCGGGCGGCGAGAGCAGCAUGGACAGCAACGAGAAGGAUGCGGAGCCAGUCAGCGCACAGGAUCAGUACGAGAAACUGUCCACCAGCGCCGAGAAGACCGAGUUUAAGUCCGAGGAGCAGCUGCCGCCCAAGCAGGACAACAAGUUCCUCACCGUCGUCAGCGGGCCGAGCUGUGCCGGCAGAGACGACAUCGAAAUCGACGAGCUGAUGCAGCGCGCCAUCUCCAAUCUGUCGCUGGAUUCGCGCGAUCGCAUUUCCCCGGCCACAUCCUCGGCGGCGCCAUCGCGCGGCCCCGCCCACAGUCUGCACACGCCCUCGCAGUUCAAUGAUGUGAGCACAUCGCCCAUUCCGCUCCAGAAAUCGCCGGCACCGCCACUGAACCAGGCGGGUGUGUCGCCUGUGGCCUCGCAGCUGUCCGCCGUGUCGCAGCUGAUUGACACGGCCACCAAGCAGAUGCAGAGCGAACGCGACCGGGAUAAGCCCUCGUGGGCCACCUUUGAUUCGCCCAAGGUGGCCGGCCCGAUGGUCAUUGGCGGUGGCAAGGGCAAGGCACGUCUGACGCUGCCGCCGCCACCCGCCUCCAAUACGUCACAGCAGGACACCGCGGAGUCGCCGUGCAGCUCCGAUCCGCGCGACGAUGCCGGCGGCUGGUCCAAGCAGCAGCAGCAGCGCCGCUGGGCCAAAAAGGAGCGCCAACAGACGUCCUCCUCCUCGCGCGACCUCAGUCCCUGGGACGACGAGACGCCCGAGUAUCUGAAGCAGCAGCGCCGCGGCCUCCCACCGCCCACGCAGCUGGCACCGCAUCCGCAUGCCCACGGCUACUACAUGCGCCACGCCCGACGCCUCAACUCCUGCGACGAGGACUACGACUAUGACGCUGAGUUCUGCGCUCGCCGAGAUCGGGAACAGACGCAGCGCAAAUUCAAGCAUGGACUCUCGCGCAGCAGGGACAACUUUGAACUGGACUCGCCCAGCUGGUACCAUCAUCCGGCUCAUCACACCUGGUCGCCGCAGGAGAUCGAGCAGGGCGUACGCGCGCGUUCCUUUGAGCGCAGCGCCUAUGAGCGCUCCAGCUAUGGCCCACCGGCGCCCAUGUACGACAAGCGCGGCCAGCCGCUGCCACGGGAGCGGGAGCGCGAACGCUCCAAGUAUCGGGAGCGCGAGUACAGAGACUAUGCGCGUCCGGGCUACGACUUUGACUACGAGAACGUCUACGAGGAGCGACGGUCGCCCAUGGGGCUGGCCUAUAAAUCGCGGCCAGACUAUCUAUACGAGCGGGACAGGGAGAGGGAAAGGGAACGCGAACGGGAGCGCAAGUCAUUCGAUCGCGAGAGCGUCGAGUCCUUCGAGAGCUCGACGCGCCGGCGACGCAGCUUUGGCAGCGGCGGCGACGUCUACGGCAGCCUGGACAGCCGUGACGACUAUCGCGAACGGGAUCGGGAGUUGAAGACGCGCUCGCUCCGCAAACCGGCCACGUCAGCCGCCAAGCUGCGCGUCGCCGGCGACAUUGACUACGAACAGGACUCGGAGCAGGACUUUCAACGGCAGCGCAGCCUGCAGCGACCCAGCCAGCUGGGCGGCGACGUGGUGCCAGGCGCACCGCAGCGCUUGCGCAAGAGCAGCGGCUCCAGUCCCUGGGAUGGUGAGGAGCCCACGCUGCCCGGCCAGAAGUCCUGGAAGCGUCCAGCUAGCGCUGCGGAAACGGAGCGUCGCCUGGCCGAGAGCCGACGCGCCGCGGCGCUGGCGCAGACGCCCUCCGAUGGCGAGAAGGACCGCAGAUUCCGCAAGAAGUCGCGCGCACGCAGCACCAAGGAUCUGGCCACCGUGGGCGCACGAUAUGGCAGUGGGCGUGGCGUGCGCGACAAUUAUGACUACAUCAGUUGCCAGCGCAACGAUGACGAUGACGACGACGACGACGAGGACUAUGUGGACGAUGAGCCGCCCACAGACGAGGAUAAAUUUGAGCGUCUGAAUCGACGCCGCCACGAGAUGCAUCAGCGCAUGCUGGAGAGCGAGCGCCGGCAGCAGGAGCGGCACGCGCCCGCGCUGGCCAAGCUGCCUGGACAGAGUCGGACACGCGGCACAGCCGGCGGCGGCGUCAAUAGCGACUAUGGCUUCGUGGACAGCUACGAGCAAACGCCAACGCCCCGAUCGAAUGCCAGCAGCACUGCGGUUAUGAUGAGCGGUGGCGAAUCCUCUGCUGGCGUUGGCGGCGGCGGCGGCGGCACCACCAAAUUCAAUUUCGACGAUGGCUUCGAAUCGGACUUCAAUCAGAGCUCGCCACCGCCAGCGCCCGCUGGCACUGCGUCCAGCUGCAAUUCCACGCCCGCUGGGCUCAUCUCGGCCAGCAGCACGCUCGGCUCCAAAUCUCUGUUUCGCUUCUCCAAUGACUUCUCGGAGCGCGAGAAGCUGCAGCAACAGCAGCAGCCGCAGCGGGAUGGCAACUUCGACCUGGAGGCGGCGCCCAGUUCGACGCCGCCGAUAACCCAGAAGCUGCGCUUCGAUGAUAACGUGAAGGUGUCGCAGUUCGAUGAUGCCGCUUUCGAGGAUGACUUUGCCAAGGCCUCCUUCGACUUUGACAAGGACCAGUCUUCGCCGGCAGCACCCUCUGCCUCGAGCCGGAAGCAGAACAUGCGCAGCAGCAGGCUACAGCAGCGUCAGGAGCUGAUCAAGAAAUCCGAAUCAGUGAAUAUAUUCGCCAAAAAGCAGGAGGAUCCCUUCGAGGAUGACGAAUUCUUUAAGUCACCCGACGAACCGGUGCUGCCCGGCCAAGAGGACGACGGCAACGGUGCGGAUGCCAAUAAAUUCCAGUGGAACGAGGACAACAACUUUGCCAAGUUCGAUGAAAACAUGUGAUUUGAUCAACUCUUUGCCAAGGCAUCCAGCACAGCCAUCGCAGAGCAGCCGGAGAGCGAUGGCGGCAACUAUGCCGAAAUCGACGUCAUCAACGAUGGCGACUUCUACUACUUGACCAAUCUGAAUCACUACUAUCAGGAGCAACGGCUGCAGGCGCUGCACCAGCUGCGCCAGCAUGACUAUAUCAAUGUGCCCCGAAUGCAAACCAAAGCCACAUCCACCACGACCAGUCCCUGGCACGAGUCCAACAACAACAACAACAACAACAACAACAACGACAACGAGAAGAAUAACAAGGCCAAGUGCAAGAUCAAGCUGAAGUCGUUGCAGCUGCUGCGUAAGCCGAGCAAAUGGAAACUGAAACGCUCCUUCGAUGAGAUUGUCAAGUGUCUGAUUAUAGCCUCGUCCGAGCAUGUUUACGAUUACGAUGUCCUUUGGUAGAGUCGUCGCCAAGCGCCAACUCGGAGAGCAAGUCGUAUACCCCGUCUCCUUAAAAUUAAAUAAUUGUCUGUCUGUUUGUCUAGUCAAAUUUAUUGCCAUAUACAUAUAUCUCCUAAACAAUAGACUGUGAUUUUAUGUACAUGUUUUAACCUAUGACAUUUUGUUUGGAAAAAACUAAAAGCCAGAACGACUUGCUACGAGGAGGCUACCCAACGCUAGAGGGCGCUGCAUAACAUCAUCUGCUGUUAUUAUUAGAUAUUAAUAUGAAUUCAAGUCAAGUUUGUAUAUAGAUUGAGAGAUUUGCAACUAUCCAACAAAACUAACCUAGUUAUUUAUGCUAAAUUUAAUUCGAUAACAGAUAACGAUAACGAUUACGAUAACGAUUACGAUAACUAAUAUUAUCCGUUCAAUUGAGCGUUUGUUACGUACAUUAUUCGAAUCCAAAUACUCAUCCUCCAAGUAACGAAAGCAACUAAUUAAUGCCUAUGCUAAAUGUCGUCUAGCUUAGUAUUAUUAUUAUUAUCAUUAUUACUAUUAUCAUCAAGAAUAACUAUCCAAAGUGCAUACUACAUAUAAAUCGUCUAACAUACCAUACGAAUUGUAACUAGCCUAAAGUGUUUAUUAUUUAACUACAUAUAUAGACAUAAUACACUAUAUUAAAGCGCCUAUAACAAGACGAACAACUGAACGAACAACAGGUAACACCUAACCAAGCAGCUAUCAAAUAUUGAGAUAUAUACCUACUAUGCCAGAUAUAAAUUUAUACGAUACGAAUACAAUAGUUAAUAUUAUUAUGGUAUAUUUGUUCUAUCAAUUAAAACGUGAACCGAGCAUACAAA